AGGCCUUCCAUAAAUCCUAUUGUUUUUAUCAGCUGAUGAAGCAGCCGGUCACGCUAAGCUAGCGGUCUGCCGAUGACCGGGAUCCGGGACGUGAUCCGGUUCAUGCCGCGGCUGUGACUCGGUGCUCCCCGGCUCCGAUAACAUUUAUCCAGGCAGGAAUUCCUCGCCUCCUCCCCCAUUGCUAUCAACAGAGUUUGGCCGUCAGACCGCCGGUUAUCUCCGGACCUUUGCCCCCUGCUCUGUUAGCCAGGAGCUAGCUGCUGCUGCCGCCGCUGCUGCUAUAAAGAGGAGCGGGAAGCCGGAGGCUGAGUGACCGGGACAGCGCGCGCUGCAGCGGGAUGAAAGAUGGCGUCUGUCCGGGUGGUUGUGCGGGUCAGGCCGAUGAACAGGCGUUUGCGGCUGGUUUUGGCCUUAAUGCGGGGCAGCAGGUGUCCGCAGGGAGAAAGAGCUGGAGGCCAAAUGCAUCAUCAGGAUGGAGGGAAGCAAGACCAGCAUCACUAACCUGAAGGUCCCAGAGGGCGUGGUCGGCGACUCGAUGAGGGAACGGAUCAGAACCUUCACCUACGAUUUCUCCUACGACUCGACGGACGGACGGAGCCGCGCCUUCGUCUCCCAGGAAACGGUGUUCGGGGACCUGGGCUCCGACGUGCUGAAGGCGGCCUUCGAGGGAUACAACGCCUGCGUGUUCGCCUACGGACAGACCGGAUCCGGGAAGUCCUACACCAUGAUGGGCGUCCCAGGCGACGCCGGUCUGAUCCCCAGGAUCUGCGAGGGUCUGUUCAGUCGGAUCGCUGACGCGUCGCGGCGAGACGAAGCUUCGUUCCGCAUCGAGGUCAGCUACCUGGAGAUCUACAACGAGCGAGUCAGAGACCUGCUGAGGAGGAAGUCCAGCCACACCUACAACCUGCGGGUCCGCGAGCAUCCCAAGGACGGGCCGUACGUGGAAGACCUGUCCAAACACCUGGUGCAGAACUACAGCGACGUGGAGGAGCUGAUGGAGGCGGGGAACAUCAACCGUACCACCGCCAGCACCGGCAUGAACGACGUCAGCAGCCGCUCCCACGCCAUCUUCACCAUCAACUUCACGCAGGCCAAGUUUGACGCAGAGAUGCCGAGCGAGACGGUGAGUAAGAUCCACCUGGUGGACCUGGCCGGCAGCGAGCGCGCCGACGCCACCGGCGCCACCGGCGCCCGGCUGAAGGAGGGCGGGAACAUCAACAAGUCGCUGGUCACGCUGGGAAAUGUCAUCUCCGCUCUGGCCGACAUGGCGCCGGACGGCGGGAACGCCAACCAGAAGAAGAAGACGGUUUUCGUCCCCUACAGAGACUCGGUGCUGACCUGGCUGCUGAAGGACAGCCUGGGCGGGAACGCCAAGACCAUCAUGAUCGCAACCAUCUCCCCCGCCGACGUGAACUACGGCGAGACGCUCAGCACUCUGCGCUACGCCAACCGAGCCAAGAACAUCAUCAACAAACCCACCGUCAACGAGGACUCCAACGUCCGGCUGAUCAGGGAGCUGCGGGCGGAGAUCGCCCGGCUCAAGGCGCUGCUGCUGCAGGGAAACCAGAUCGCUCUGCUGGACUCGCCCACGGCUCUGAGCAUGGAGGAGAAGCUGCACCAGAACGAGGCCCGGGUUCUGGAGCUGACCAAGGAGUGGACCAACAAAUGGAACGAGACGCAGAACAUCCUGAAGGAGGAGACGCUGGCUCUGAGGAAGGAGGGCAUCGGCGUGGUUCUGGACUCGGAGCUGCCUCACCUCAUUGGCAUCGACGACGACCUGCUCAGCACCGGCAUCAUCCUUUACCACCUGAAGGAGGGACGGACGUACGUGGGCCGGGAGGACGCAUCCGGCGAACAGGACAUCAUUCUGCACGGCCUGGACCUGGAGAGCGAGCACUGUGUGUUUGAGAACCAGAACGGGACGGUUACCCUGGUGCCGCUCGGCGGGGCUCAGUGUUCAGUCAACGGGGUUCUGGUGGCGGCGCCGGUCCAACUCAACCAGGGAGCCGUUAUUCUGCUGGGCCGGACCAACAUGUUUCGCUUCAACCAUCCGAAGGAAGCGGCCAAGCUCAGGGAGAAAAGGAAGAGCGGCCUCCUGUCCUCGUUCAGCCUGUCCAUGACGGACCUGUCCAAGUCCUGUGAGAACCUGUCCACCGUGAUGCUCUACAACCCGGGUCUCUUCACUCAGAAGGGCCCCGUCUUCCUCAGGCUGGAGUUCGAGAGGCAGCAGAGAGAAGAGCUGGAGAAGCUGGAGAUGAAGAGGAGGCUGAUCAAGGAGAUGGAGGAGAAGCAGCUGAGUGAGAAGGCGGAGCUGGAGCGCCUCCAGCAGGAGGUGGAGAGUCAGCGCAAGGAGUCGCAGGAGGUGCAGCAGCGCAUCCUGCGGCAGGAGGAGAGCCUGCGCCGCCGCAGCCAGGACAUCGAGAGCCGCCUGCGGGACUUCCUUGCCGAGAAGGAGCGCUUCGAGGAGGAGCGGCGCUCUGAGGUCCAGGAGGUGGCGCUGCAGCGCAGGAAGUUGCAGCAGGAGGAGGAACGAGAGGUGGAGGAGCAGACGGAGAUCUGCCGCGAGCUGCAGCGGCUGCAGAGGGAGCGCGAGGAGCAGCAGGCGCGCCUGGAGGCGGAGCGGCGGCGGCUGGAGGAGCAGGAGCGGGAGCAGCUGAGUCUGGUCUCCCGGCUGGAGGAGCAGCUGCGGGAGGCACAGGAGGCGGCGGCAGCGCUGCUGGCCAGAGAUGAUGCGCGGCGCUUGGAGGAGGAGCGGCGUGCGCUGGCGGAGAUCAGGGAGGCGCUGCUGCGCGCCAAGGAAGCCGCCGAGCGCACGGACGGCGAGGACGCCGCUAAGGAGGCGCGCUCUGUCCAGAAGCAGUACCUCGCCUUCAAGGAGGCGCAGGUGGACGAGCUGCGGCGGCUGCAGGAGGCGCUGCAGCAGCAGAGGGAGCUGCUGCAGCAGGAGGUGACAGCAGAGAGGAGCUCGCUGCAGCAGCUCGCACGCAGCCUGAAGGAACGCCAGCAGAGGGCACCGCAGGAUGGCGGCGGCCAGGAGGAGACGGCGGUGCUCCGCCAGGCGCAGCACCGCCUGCACUUCAAGGAGCGGCAGCUGGCCAACAUGGCCGCCAGUGUGCUGCCGGCGCUCGUGGAGGAGCAGCAGCGGGCGCAGGAGGUGCUGCAGCGGCGCGGUGGCGUGGCGCCGGCCGGCCUGGACAACACGCUGUUCCAGGUGGAGAAGGAGCUGGAGGAGACGCAGGACAAGCUGCACCUGCACUGGAACGGCGCGCAGCAGCUGCAGCAGCUGCAGGAGAGCUGCGAGUUCACGGCCAACGUGGCGCGGCAGGAGGAGAAGGUCCGGCGCAAGGAGAGGGAGAUCCUGGCCUGGAGGGAGGCGCAGCAGCGGGAGGCGCUGGAGCAGGCCGUGGCCCGGCUGGAGCGCCGCCACGCCGCCCUGAGGCCCGACCGGCGCCACGCCCAGCCGGACCUCCGCAGGGUGGAGCAGGAGAUCCAGGAGCUGCGGCGGCACAUCAGCGAGAGCGAGAACCAGAACCGGGCCCAGUCGGUCGGAACCGAGGAGAAGAUGGGUCACAGCAGCUCCCCGGUCGGACACAUGCAGAGUCUGAACCCGCUGCUGCCGCUGUCUGAUGACAGCAGGAUCAACGCCUACAUCGAGGAGGAAGUGCAGCGACGACUGAGGAAGAUGAACUUCCUGAACGGCGGCGGCGUGGAUCUGUCCGUGUCCUGCGACUCUCUCAGGGACGAGGAGGAAGUUAGCGACUGUAGCUCUCUUAGGCUAACAGACGAGGAAGAGGAAAAACUGCAGAACAUAAAUCCACGAAGGCUGAAGUAUGAGAACGCCUGCUGGUCUAACCUCCUGGCUCCUCCGGGGUUUGAGGCAAACUCGCACCUCGACGUCCAGAACGUGUUUGAGGAACCAAAGACUGAACUCCUGGAGCCUCGGGGAGAAAAACGGCUGGAGUCCUCUGAUAAACUCCUGAUCGAAAAACAUCUGGACAAGGAAAAAUGGUGGGAAGGAGAAGUAAACAUUCUUGGAAGGAAGGAGUUCCAAGCUGUUUGUGGCCCUGAUUGUUGCUACAAAGCGACCAACCAACUGAGUGGAACCAACAACAUGACCGGUUAUUAUAUCCUCUCUAAUUCUGAGGAUCUGGGGAAAAUGUUGAACAAAACAUUUUAUUCUGAGAAAACAAUCAAUGAUCAGACAUUUGAAGACCCAGAACUUUCAAAGCUUCAGAUCAGUCACAAACAAGAUUCACAAGAAGAGGUCAAAGGUUCAGUGAAGCUGGAAGCAGAGGAUUUAUCGGCCCAUCUGUACCACCAAUUAGAGGAUCUCAAAAAUGCCAAGAACCAAGCCCAGAACGUUCUCAGUCAUGCAGCACAGGAGUUGGAUCUUUCAAAACUGCAAGGUUCUGGCGAGGAGUUAAUAGAGUCUGAGCAAGUUUGGAAAGCCGACGCUAACGAAGAGAUGAAGCAAGAAGUGGAGAAGCUCCUGGACUGUGAGAGCCGUGUUUCAGACGACAUCGACGUUCAAAAUCAGGUGGAACCUUUCGAUUCUCACAUCUCUGACGAUUUUAUCAACUUUGGACAGGACUCAAAACAUGACUCCUACCAACCGAUGAACCAAAUGUUGGAUAGGAAGAACGUUUUAGACCAGCUUGAAAAUGUCAAGAAUGGAGCUGAUGAAACAGAGAGAGCAGAUAAGUCUGAACUGUUAAAGCCUCAAAGCUCUGGCAGCGAGUUUAUCAUCUCUGAGCAAGAUCCAGCAGACGCCGGCAAUGGUCCAGCUAAGCUAGAGGAGUCAGACAAUGGGAACAACUUCCUGGAGAACCUUGAAAAUGUCAAAAAUCAAAGGUUAAACCUGGAAGGCGAUGAAGAGUUGGAACAAGACAAAGAGGUAUCAGCAAAGCAAGAACUGACCAACAGGAGCUACAUUUGGGAUUAUGUUUCUAAAGUCGGGAGCCAAACUCUGCACCCGUGGACGACCAGAGAGUCUGACCUGCUCAAGUGGCUGAGUUCUGGUCGAGACUAUAUCAGCUCCAAGCAGGACACGAGGUCAGUCAGUGAUGAAACAGAAGAAGACGGAGGUGAUGCUGCAGAAAGGGUAUCCUCCACCAGGAAUAACGUUUGGGAUUAUAUUGCAAAGGUUAGGAAUCAAACCCUUCACCCCUGGAGGUCAGAUGGGCCUGAGAGUCAGGAUAUCCAUGCCAUCAGUGGUCUCAACAAACGAGAGGAAAAUGAAAAACUAGUGAACAUGACGACCAGUAAGUCAAACCUUUGGGACUAUGUUACAAAAGUCAAGAACCAGGCCUUGUACCCGUGGAGAGCAGGGGAAGCAGAACUUCCCAGCGGUCAACCAACAACAUUACAGAGCUCAGAAAAAGGUUCCAGCCAAGAUCCAAGUGAGACGAACAGGAGCCACGUUUUAGGAUACUUCACAGGAAAACUUUCAGAUGUUUACAAAGAUGCAGAGAGACGAAUUCAGGGCACAAGAGAUUUCAUCCGAAAUGUGGGAGUCGACGAUAUGAAGUAUGCCGUUUCUCAGUACGUCACCAUGAGGUCCAGGGAUUUUCCACUGAUCCAGACAACAAAACUUGCACCAAAACCUCACUCUGUUCUGGAAAACAAAGUCUCCUUGGUGGAUCUGUCCAGUACCGCUCAAGGGAUUGGUUUGAAUGCCAUGUCAUUGUGGCCGAAGGGCUCUGUGUCCUCGAUCAGAAAUGCCGGUCCAGAGGACUUCCGCCCAGAGGAGUUUUAUCAGAGUCUAAUUGAGUUGCCACCAGCUCUGGCACAGCUUCAUAGUCUGUCAUUCCAGCAGGUCAUUGACAGAACUGAACCUCUGUCUUCUCAAAGACCAGGUAGGAGGAUCCUGAGCAUCUUCUGGCUCAGAGCGGCUAGCUUUGACCAACCCAGUCCAGAACCAGUCUGCCUCCUUCUGUCAGAACAGGACCUGACGGUAGUUUCAGCUGGCCAGGACUCAUCGGACACCCUCCGUCUCUUCCAUCACUUUGACCUUAUGGAGAUCCGGGAGGUCCAGAUCAGCUUGGCAGGGCAGCAUGUCCGUCUGAUCGGAUCCAGGGAUGACUCGGUUCUGGCGGUCUUCACUCACAACCAGGAGCUCACACAGGAGUUCUGUAAGGCGGUGCUGAAGGCUCGCUGUCCGGAGACGUUCUCUGAGGUGACGGAGAGUCACCCGCUGCUGUCGCAGGACCUCGUGGCUCUGUCUCUGGAUUGGACCUCCCGGGUUCCUGACAUCGUCUCAGACAUUGGUCUGAACCUCACUUCCAGGUUCAAGCGGGUCCUAGCGGACCUGCUCUACAUCGUCCACGGGAACAUGGACGGCCCCGGCAAACCUUCCCUGGCGGACAUUCGUCCUCUGCUCUACAGCAGCGUCCGGCUGCACCAGGACUCUCUGCUCCAGUUCCUCCUGACCGACACUCACGUUGCUCUCCUGCAGGAGGACGGAGUGUUUCACCCGGCGCCGCGGGGCUCCAGCCGGGUUCCCGUCCAGCCGCAGUUCCAGGGACUGAAGCUGCGGCGGCGUUCGGACAUCCGGUGUCUGCUGGUCAGGAGGAACGAGGCCUGCUUCAACGUCGACAUCGUCUUCACGAAUCGCAAUCAGCAAACUCCGAAACGGAAGGUGGAGCCAAGGCGGCGCUCCGCCGACGUUCCCUCCCGCGGCGCUCGGUGUGAAUCCUGGAAGUUAAGUUUCGGCUGCUCUGCAGAAGCUCAGAUCCUCAUCAACCAUCUGUGCAUCUGAAGAUGGAGCCAGCAGAUAGAUUAAAGACCUAAAACACGAAAUUUAAAAUGUUUUUAACUUUUUAGUAGCUUAUUGAAAUCACAAAGACUGAAUUUAAACCUGCAACAGAGAAUCUGCUGCUGACUGAAGAUGAAUGUUUGUUUACAAAGGGGGAAUGAUGAAGUCAUUCACUGUUUUUAUUAUUUCACAGCCAAAUACAUCAACGUUGAAUUUUGCACAGCGUGUUUGUAAUUGAUUUGAAACUAAAUAAAGAUUUUAUCCGUUUUAA